AUGUUUUCGUUAAGAACAAGUUUUUGCGUUCUACAUUUAGUGUUCUUGUGGGUAUCAACUUUAGCGAAUGAAAAAGCAGCUUCAUUUCAAUUACAAGAACAUAACGUACCAAUGUCAAUUGAUGUCAUUAAUUUAAAAUCUACUGAAAACUCCGAUAAACACAAAAAAUGGAAUGGUAGAUAUCUACCUGACCAUUCAAAUGGAGAAAACUAUGGUAGUAUAUCAAGAAUUGUUACAGAAAAUGAAGAUUUUGCUGUAUAUAGUGCUCCAAAACAAAAGAAAAGCAUGGUAACAAUGGGAUCUAUGGAUAUCAAUUCUACAUGUGACGAUGGAAAGACAAAUUUGACAAGAGAUUGGGAUGGAUCAUUAUACAACUAUACAUGCAUGUUGAAUGAAUUUUUACCAGUAUCUGAUGUUCAACCAUUAUUGGAUAGAGAUCUCGUGCCUAAAUAUUAUGUGGCUAAUCAUGUAUGUAUGAAAGAAUCAAUAUCUUACAACCAUGAUAUUCCCUCAUUUGGUUCACAUCGUCCUGCUUGGGCCAAGUAUGGUGAAUAUAAAUUUUUACCAAAACAAAGAUGGUUACACAAUUUAGAGCACGGAUCAGUAGUAAUGUUGUAUCAUCCAUGCACUCACCCAGUUUUAGUUCAACGUAUGCGAACAGUUUUAAAGUCUUGUCUUUUCAGACAUAUUAUCACUCCAUAUAAUUUAGUACCUGAAGAUCGACCAAUUGUGCUUGUCACUUGGGGUAACAGACUUUACAUGAAUGAUGUGGAUACAAAACUUGCAAUAGAUUAUAUAAAAAAAUAUGCAAAUCAUGCUAAGGAAACCACAGCCAGGGAUGGACAAUAUGAUCAUUUAUUGAUUGAAGCAGCAGAAUUAAUCUCACCUGAUGAUAUAAAUAUUUGCCCGGCCCCACACAAACGCAAAAAUAGAAUUUAAUAUAUGUUACACUAACUUUAGUAUAUAAUGUCUUAAGGUAAUAAGAUAUACUUAUUUAAAUUUGUUGAAUUAUUAUUUCGAAGUGCACAGGUAUAUUAUUUAAUGUGUAUUGU